AUGUCAACCUCCUUUGUUUCACGACUCUAUAAUUAUCCUCAGCAUGUCACCAGCGGAAUCCCCUACAUUUCUUUCAGUGUCUCGUUUGGCUUGAUGGUCGACAUGGCCACUUAUGGGAUCAUGGUACCUGUCCUUCCCUUUCGAUUAGAAUCCAUUGGCUAUGAAAACGUUCCCGCCACUUCAUCUUACCUUAUUGCCGCAUAUGCACUUGGACUUAUCAUCUCAUCCAUCCCAGUUGGUAUUUUUGGUGAAAUUGUCAGUUCCAGAAAAGUACCCCUGUUGACAUGUCUAGUUUUUCAAGCUUCCAGCUUGAUCAUGUUCUGGCUUUCCUCUUCAUUUGCAGUGCUCAUGAUUGCAAGGAUCAUCGAGGGUUUCAGCGGUACUGCCAUUUGGACACUCGGGCUGGCUUUGAUUUGUGAUGUGGUACCAGAAGAGCACGUUGGUGUUAUUAUGGGAUACGUAAUGAUUGGCUGGUCCUUAGGAACCGUAGGUGGACCGCUGGCUGGCGGUCUCCUGUAUGACUCGCUGGGCUAUAACGCAAUCUUCAUAUUUGCUCUUUCCAUGACGGCAAGCGACUUCAUCUUCCGAUCUUUGGUCCAAGACAAAAAGUGUAUUCGCAAUCGGCAAGCCGCUGCAAAAAUCUAUGUUGAACUCAAGGAAAAGGAUGUCAAGUCCGGUACUGAAUCUGAAAAUGCAGCAAAGCCACCAUCAGCAGCUCGAUUCACAUUUGGUGGUCUGUUGGAUACCGGAAUGACCAUGCUCGUCAAGGACCGAUAUGGAUUGAGCUCAAGAGGGGCUGCGCUCAUAUUCAUUGCUGCCGUUGUGCCAUCAUUUUUUUCCAGUCCGCUAGCCGGACACUUUGCCGAUAAAUACGGUGCAAAGUGGCCUGUCGUCAUCUCUCUUGUCCUUGGUACCCCAUUUCUUGGCCUCUAUAGCUUAGACACCAGUCUUGCUGCGUUGAUCACUUUUGUCACAUUCACUGGUAUCUUCAUCAUGGGAAUUGCUGCCCCAAUCAUGCAAGACCUAGCAGAAGUUGUGAAGACCACACCAGGAUUAGGCUUCGCCCACGUAUAUGGUAUUUUCAACAUGGUUUACUCAACCGGUGCCUUGGUUGGAUCACUAUGCGUUGGAGGACUUUUAGAAAACCUGGGAAUCGAGAAUGGAUGGCGAAUCAGCAGCUUGCUUGUUGCCGGUUUAUGCGCGGCUUGUAUUAUUCCUGCGUGGCUGUUCAUUGGAGGGGGGAAGUCAACACCUUCCAAGGAUCCAAUCCCUUCAAAAUCAAUUCCCCCCUCUGAAGCUUCCGUGCUGAAGGAAGUCUCAGGUAUCUGUUGA